UGCAGCGGGAGGGAAAGGACAUCAACAUCACGCAGGUCAUGGACCGCUGGACGCUGCAGAUGGGUUACCCUGUCGUCACCAUCAGCAAGAAUGACAGUCUUGACAACAGUGUCACCAUCUCACAAGAGCACUUUGUCUAUGACACCGACGCCAAGAUCCAGAAUCCUGAGCUGUUCAACAAAAGCUUCCAGUGGCAAAUACCGCUGACGCUCGCAGUGGGAAACUCCAGUCACAUAUCAACAGAGACCAUCAUCUGGGUUUCCAAUAAAACAGAGACGCACAGAGUGGGUCACGUGGGCAGCGAGACGUGGUUGCUGGGCAACAUCAAUCAAACGGGCUACUUCAGAGUGAACUACGACCUUCACAACUGGAGACUUCUCAUUCAACAGCUGAUGACCAACCCAACGAUCAUCUCAGUGGGCAACAGGGCUGGUCUGAUUGAUGACGUCUUCAACUUGGCAAGAGCAGGGUAUUUGCCCCAAAACGUCCCCCUGCAGAUGAUCUCAUAUUUGUCUCAGGAGACUGAGUUUCUGCCGUGGCACGCUGCUAGUCGAGCUCUUUACCAGCUGGACAAACUCCUGGACCGCACUGAAGACCACAGCCUGUUCAGUGACUAUGUUUUAAGACAGGUGGAACCGAAGUAUCACAAGUUGGGUUGGCCAGCCACUUCCCCUCAGGGCUCCUUCAUGCAGGCGGCUUAUCAGACCGAAGAGUUGCAGAGAGAGGUGAUGAUGCUGGCCUGUAGUUUUGGAAACAAACACUGUCACCGGCAGGCUGUUUCUCUCAUUUCAGACUGGAUUUCCAGCAACAAGAACAGGAUUCCCCCCAACGUGCGGGACAUUGUGUACUGCACAGGUGUUUCUCUGAUGGAUGAGGAUGUGUGGGAGUUUAUCUGGAUGAAGUUUCACUCCUCUACAGCCAUUUCUGAAAAGAAGGUUCUUCUGGAGGCCUUGACCUGCAGUGACAACAUCUUCCUUCUCAACAGGCUCCUGAAUCUGUCACUCACCUCUGACCUGGUGCCGGAUCAGGAUGUGAUCGAUGUAAUCAUACAUGUGGGCCGCAAUCCCCUUGGAAGACAUUUAGCAUGGAGAUAUUUUCGCGAGAAGUGGGACAUAUUGAAUUCCAGGUAUGGAGAGGCCUUAUUUAUGAACUCAAAAUUAAUUAGCGGCGUGACAGAGUUUCUCAACACUGAGGCCGAGCUGAAUGAGCUGAAAGAGUUCAUCCUGACCAGCGGGGGAGAGUCGGCACCUGCAUUCGCUCGAGCCGUUGAGAUCGUUCAAGCGAAUGUAAAAUGGCACAUCCUGUUCCAGCAACAGUUUUACCGAUGGCUGCGGAAAGCUCCUGAUGGUUAAAGCAACAUUAAGCAUUGAGCGCUCUAUUAGCAUGGAAACUCAUGGCCAGUGACGUAGGGAGAUAUAAGUGAAAAAAAAAGAAAAAGAAUAAAAAAACUAUUUUGGACUAGAAGAUUCAGCAAAAUUGAGCUUUUAUUUCCCUACUGUUUUUGAAACGACCGGGCUCUCACAGACCAGGAUGAAAUGAAUGGCUGAAAAACACAGAAGGAAUCGGAAAAUGCAUGAUGGCAUAUGUCAGUAGCGGCAGAUGAUUUACAUUCCAUUUCCCCAUCGUAUUUUGCAUGAAAGUCAUUUCCCUCUUGCCGUCAUUCUGUUUGCUGAAGUUUGACCUUUUCUGAGUCCUGAGAAUAUCGGAUUUGCUUUGAAGACCAGAUGACGGUACAAAGAGAUUGCUCUUCGGUAUAUAUAAACACAAUUUAGAUUAAGCACAAAGACGUGACAAUCAGUGUUUUGAUUGGAACCCUACGAGGAGGACAAAGAGGAGAAGUAUUCAUGUAGCCUUUUCUCUCUCCAAAGCCAUAAAGAGGAGCAGACUGAAUUUUAUUUCUUGUACAGAUGGUGUUUAUUGUUUGAUGGAUUGACAGCACUCAAUGGUCAUCAGAAGACAGAAUCUUUUGGAAGGUUUUCUGCUGGUCCUGGCUGGAGCGGCGAUGGUUUAACCAGCAGGUGUCUUGGAUCAUUUGCAUUCUCAUAGUGUAACUCUUCGCUCUCCAGUUUUGGAGGGUUUGUCCUUGAAUAUGGUAUGUUUGUUUGAGUGGAAAAAUAGUGUGUCAAUAUUUUCAUUUAUGAUUUAUUGAUAAGCUGGAAGGAGGUCAAUGCAGUGGUGAGAUGUUAUCUUGUUGUGGAUAAUGUGAGCUUUUGAAAUGGUUGUCAUGGAGACCAAUUAUAACGGUUUUCAUAGU